CCCGGUGCGCAUUGCGCUCGUGUUCGCGCUCUCGCGUGGACGCACGGCGUCGCUCCUGGCCACGUUAUUCCAUAUUAUAUAUAUUUUUUUUCCAAAAAAAAAAAAAAACAACGAAUUUUAAUUCCGGGAGUCUGGUCAUUGACCCUCGGCGCCCCGUAAGAUGUUCCAGCUGCCCGCCGACAGCAGCAGCAGCAGCAGCGGUGUCCCCUCGACGGGCGCAGCGAGCGGGGACGGCGACAUCCCGCCAGCCGAGGUAGGCGGCGGGAGGCGGGCGCCGGCCGCGGCGCAGCCUGACGAGCACCGGGGAGGCCCGAUGGCGGAGGCCCGGGGAGGCCCGAUGGCGGAGGCCAGGGACGAGCCGCUGGCGGCGGCCAGGGAUGGACCGGUGAUCCCGGUGGCGGCGGCGGCCAGGGGAGGCCGGAUGGUGACGGCCCGGGAAGGCCGGAUGGCGGAGGCUAGGGGAGGAGGCCCGGUGGCGGCGGCCAGGGGCGGCCCGAUGGCGGCGGCGGCGGCGGCCAGGGACGCCCGGAUGGCCGAGGUAGCUCGACUUUUGGGGGAACCAUUGGAAGAAGAAGCUCCCGAGAGCAGACCCCGGUCUCGAUCCGGGAACGCCGGGGCGCUGGCUGCGCUGCCCUAUCUCCGCCUCCGACACCCCCUUAGCGUGCUAGGCAUCAAUUACCAGCAGUUCCUUCGCCAUUACCUGGAGAAUUACCCGAUCGCUCCCGGCAGGAUCCAGGAGCUGGAAGAACGCCGGCGGAGAUUUGUGGAAGCGUGCCGGGCCCGGGAGGCCGCGUUCGAUGCCGAGUAUCAUCGAAAUCCUCAGCGGGUGGACUUCGACAUUUUAACGUUUACCAUAGCCCUGACCGCCUCCGAAGUGAUCAAUCCCCUGAUCGAAGAACUUGGGUGCGAUAAGUUUAUCAAUAGGGAGUAGCUCCCGGGACGCCACCAACCGCUCCGAGAAAAACCUCUGCUUUCAAGUCAAAUCCAUCCUGCAACUUGGGUUUGGUGUUCCUUUUGGUUGUUUUUUUUUUUAAGUCUAGAGUGAGGGCCCCAGAUGGAGAAAAACAACAUCA